AUGAUUUCAUUGAGAAGAUGUGGGGUUAUGCCAGGUCACGGACUGACAGACGGGUAUGGUAAUGAGACUGAGGACAUGAGCUACGGCUUGGGAGGCGGAGCAUGGCGUUUUCGAACGGCAGGGCGCAGAAGUGGAAGGGAGAAGUGGUGGGGUUGGAUCCUUGGAAGCAGAGGGGUCAAAGCGGCAGAAGAUGAGGACAGAUGGACCUCAAGACGGUGGCACAUCUCCCUGAAUAUUGGCGAUUAG